CAUCUGCUACUAAGCAACUACCAGUCUCAAAUUCCUCAACACAAUCGCCAUUCAUGGCUUUCUCUCUUCUUCCCUUUCUAUUCUCUCUCCUUCUUCCCAUCCCUUCCACGGCCAACAACCUCCACAGACCAACCCUUUUCCGACCAGAUUUCAUUUCAGAACCGACAUCUUCAAACUUACAAGAUAUCCCACCGACUAGAUACUUUGAAGUUACAAAACCCAUCAAGCAUCCUCGUUCAAAACCCUGCUCUCAUCUCAUUCUUCAACACGAUUUCGGAUAUACCUAUGGUAAAUCCCCUGUUCUUGCCGAUUAUAAGCCUCCAUUAGACUGCCCUAAUCUAGAUUUUGACUCAAUCGUUCUUGAAUGGGAAGCCACAUCUAAAGGUAGGCAAUUCGAUCGUAUAUUUGGUGUCUGGUUAGGCGGCGUCGAGCUCCUCAGGAGUUGUACGGCGGAGCCGAGAGCGACAGGGAUUGUUUGGACGGUUGAGAAGGAUAUUACGAGGUAUUAUUCAUUGUUGAUGUCAAAUCAAACGCUUGCUGUUUAUCUUGGGAAUCUUAUUGACAACACUUAUACUGGUAUUUAUCAUGUUAAUUUGACCAUUCAUUUCUAUCCUGCUCAAGAACAUCAUCGGAAUACUGAUUCUAGGGCGGAUCUUAUCAUACCCAUUUCGAGAAAUUUACCUUUGAAUGAUGGGUUGUGGUUCGAGAUCCAAAAUUCGACUGAUGUAAAAUCGAAGAUGUUUAGUAUUCCUAAGAACACUUAUAGGUCUGUUUUGGAGAUUUACGUUUCAUUUCAUGAAAACGAUGAAUUUUGGUACUCUAAUCUUCCGAAUGAGUACAUUAACGCAAAUAACCUCACUGGUUUCGCUGGAAAUGGACCCUUUAGGGAGGUUGUAGUUGGAUUGGACGGUUCUGUGGUCGGAGCUGUCUGGCCUUUCACUGUUGUAUACACCGGAGGAAUUAAUCCUCUUCUGUGGAGACCCAUAACUGGAAUUGGUUCAUUCGAUCUCCCUUCUUAUGAUAUCGAGAUUACACCAUUUUUAGGAACUAUCCUCAAUGGGAAUAUCCAUGAGUUCUCUUUUGCAGUCACGAAUGCUUUAAAUGUUUGGUAUAUAUCUGCCAAUUUGCAUUUAUGGCUUGAUGAUAAAAGUGAAAGAACAGUUGGAAAGCUUUUGAGAAACGAUGGUUUGCCUCUUGUUUACUCGUCGCAGCUGAAUUUCACCGGUUUGAUUGGAAAUUUCUUGACAACAUCUAGUAGAUCGAUAUUAUCAUCUGGAUGGGUGAAAUCGUCUCAUGGAAAUAUCACGACUGAUUCUAUUCAAGCGUUUGAAUUCACAAACUCUAUGGAAAUGGGUAAUGAAGGAAAUCUACAAAUUAUAGACCAGAGAAUUGAUUUCAAUGAUUCAAUUCGAUCAAAGAUAGACGUGUUUGAUUCGUUGAAAAGAUUUUCGCUUCAAUUUUACUCUGAUACUAAUGAUGAAGGAAAUGGUUCGUAUAGUAUGGUGGCGAAUCUGACUCUUGGUUUGAACGAGAAGAGGUUUGGUAAUGGAGGGUUGGUUAGUUCUCUGGAGAAUGUUCAAAAAGGGGAAGGUUAUAUUCGAGUGAAGGGCAAUUUGGUAAGUAGUGGAUUGGGUAGUACUCAACAAAUUUACGAUUAUAAAGAUUAUAAAGAUGAUGGAUCUUGCUAUUUUAGGAACGUUAGCAGUUCGAAUUACACUAUUCUUUAUGAUCGAAUUGGAAGAGGUUCGUGUGGAGGGUUGGUUGAACCUCUUCCUUCUUUCGUUUAUGAUGAUCAUCAGAGAUCGCUAUGAAGAUAUGAACACGUUGAAUAUAAUCUCCUUCGAAGUUUGUUGAAAGGUCUAUUUUAUCCAAUGUUUUGUUGGUUAAAUUUGCUUUAUUUGAGGAAAAACUUCUAUCCCAGCAAAUGUUACAAUGACCGAUUGGGAUGGGGCAAAAAAAAAAGCAUGAAGGUUAGGGUUUUGGAGUAUGGGAGUGUCAAAAACUCAAGUUGGUGUAUUUUUAUUUUAAAUGUUUGAAGAUUAGGGUUAUUUUGGCUUGUAAAAUAAAAAUGAUAAGAGUUUGCA